UAUUGAAUAUAUGCACCCUAUAGUACUUUUUCGAAAACAACCCCCGAAAUAACUGUUUCAUAAAAAUUAUUUUUGUACUAUUUAAGAAUGCCAAGGGUAUCAGUUUGUAUAUUUUACGAUAUUUAAUAUAAUUUAAUGGAUUUUUUUUAAUCAUCUGAUCAUGCAUCUUUAUGAGAGCGAGAGUAUGACGCAGAGGUGGGCUCAGCCGUCAUGUUUGCUUGCAUCACACACGCGCAUGCUCAGUGUGGUUCUCAGUAGUUUAAAAAGGGUCCCUUCAAUCUUCUUGACUCAUACAUAACAAAUGACUCUUGCCAAGCAGAAAGUGUCAUAAGAUCAUUUGUCAUUAUAAGAUGUUAAUACUUCAGAUCUUUUGGGGCGUUUGCAAAGUUGUUUUAAUAUUUAUUUUGAGCUGGGCCUAUAUUUCAAUGCUGUCAAAGGCUAUUACAGAAUUCAGAUCGGAGUUGUAGAUAAGAUGACCUUGAUGGCCUUGUUCCCCUUUUCCUCCCAACAGACUUCUGAAACCUUGACUGCUUUUUAAAAUAUUGCGUUCCUCUGACUUUUACUCCUCUAACCAAAGAUAAUAACACAUCUUGUUCUCAUUUUAGUGUUAAGUUAGGGAACAAGACUUUCAGAACAAGAUGAAUUUCCAUUUCAUGCCCUCUCUUCUGCACAUUGCGUCAGUCAAAAUCGCCUCACAUCUCUUACUGGAUCCUGAUGUAAGAAUUAUGUUGGAUAAUGAAGUAACGAUGAUGCAUCCAUUCCAUCUGUUCCAGAGCAGCAGACUUGCCCUAUGGGGUUUUAUAGAGAAGACGGCAAUGGAGAAGCUGCCACUUCUUCCACCAUCUAUUCCGCCUAAAGUGGCAAAAAUGAUCCAGCCGAUGCACUAUGAAGUGGUCAUGUGGCUGGAAGACCACGUAUUCAUAUUUCCAGGGGAGGAAGAUUUUUGCUCCGAAUUUCUGAAUUAUAUUUGUUGGAAGAGUAAUGGAACGAUUGAUAGGGUGAAAACGGCAAAGAAGAUCAUUCACAGUGACAGGAUUGACAUCAGCGAUCGUUUUAAGUUGGCUUGCAAUUAUUUUUUUCUGGAUGAAAUUGUGAAUCUCUGGCACAAAAUGAAAGCUAACGGUAUGGUGCAUAUUAAUGAGAGACAAACUAAUACUGCGGUGAGGUUCUGGAUCAAGUUGAUGAAAGAAGGUGGUACUAAAACUUUGGAGGAAUUGAUUGCACAUUAUUUCAGACCUGCAUUUUUAAGGUAUUUGGAUAUCCCGUUGAGGAUAAGUUCUUAUUUUCGAUUUUUGUCCAAGCAGUGCAGGAGGGAUUAUCUCCUCAAUAACAACUACCUCAUUCACAAAGAUGAUUUCCGCCAAUGUCUUUACCAAAUGGACGAAGCAGAACGCCUGGAAUUGUUCCAUGCUAAUCCUGCAACUGCCCUUAAACAGGCUUUGAUGUGGCCAUUCCAGUCGCUAUUCAUCAAAUUGGCGAAUGAGUUGUUGAAAUACAUGCAACUUGCCGAUUUCAUAACGAUCUUCGAUCACAUAUUAAUUUAUUACAUAAUGGAUGGCUAUGAUUACUACGAUCACUUCAGAGAAUUGUGGCUUAUUGUUCCCGAAUCUUAUAAAAUUGAAAUAAACAGAGAUGAGAGAAGACGCAAUGCUUUCCGGAAAAUUAUGCAAGCUGAGAAGAAUGCGCAUGUCGCUGAGUAUGUAUUUCGUGUUAUUGAAGGAUCUGACUAUCCUUAAAAAUAGCAAUGUGUAUGUUGUCAAUUUGCAAUGUGGUUAGCUGGACAUAUAAAAACCACAGAAGCCUGGAUUUCAGAUGUCUGAACGUUAUUUGAGACUAUUUUAAAAAUAGCAAUGUGUAUGUUGUCAAUUUGCAAUGUGGUUAGCUGGACAUAUAAAAACCACAGGAGCCUGGAUUUCAGAUGUCUGAAUGUUAUUUGAGACUAUUUUAAAAAUAGCAAUGUGUAUGUUGUCAAUUUGCAAUGUGGUUAGCUGGACAUAUAAAAACCACAGAAGCCUGGAUUUCAGAUGUCUGAACGUUAUUUGAGACUAUUUUAAAAAUAGCAAUGUGUAUGUUGUCAAUUUGCAAUGUGGUUAGCUGGACAUAUAAAAACCACAGGAGCCUGGAUUUCAGAUGUCUGAAUGUUAUUUGAGACUAUUUUAAAAAUAGAAAUGUGUAUGUUGUCCAUUUGCAAUGUGGUUAGCUGGACAUAUAAAAACCACAGGAGCCUGGAUUUCAGAUGUCUGAAUGUUAUUUGAGACUAUUUUAAAAAUAGCAAUGUGUAUGUUGUCCAUUUGCAAUGUGGUUAGCUGGACAUAUAAAAACCACAGGAGCCUGGAUUUCAGAUGUCUGAAUGUUAUUUGAGACUAUUUUGACUUGCAAGUUCAGAAUAACAUUUAUCACUAUCUUAUCUGUAUUUAACUUGUCUAUAUUUUAAUAUCAUGAAAUAAAAUCAUGUUUUGUUAA